CAGACUCUUUACUACUGCAAAAGAUUAUUCUCAUGUUCUUCAUCGAUCACUUCACUUGAGCAAACAAAGGUUCAACCUGGAAACUUGUUUGAGGAUUAAUUCACUGCAGACAAGCCCGGCUUCUUCCACCCAUCAUCCAGCUAGUAUAGCCACCAAAUGAAAUAUCGAACGAAAGUAAAAACAGAUCGUUGGUUCCAAUUGGAAGUAAUGCGGAAUCUGUGUNUUCCCCCAACCCCCAGGAGUAAAAUUUUCGUAUGGCACUUCCGGGUUCAGAGCCGAGGCUUCGUUGCUUGAGUCAACAGUGUUCCGUGUGGGAAUACUGGCGGCACUCAGGUCCAUUCAGACAGGGUCCACGAUUGGCCUCAUGAUCACAGCCUCACACAACACAGUAACGGAUAACGGAAUCAAAGUGGCGGACCCGUCUGGCGGGAUGCUGACUCAGCAAUGGGAGCCAUUUGCCGAUGCCAUUGCUAAUGCCUCGGACCCACUUGCUCUCAUUCAGUUGCUGGAUGAUUUUGUGAAGAAGGAGAACAUUACUCUUGAACGAGCCCCUGCAGCGGAAGUAUUUUUGGGAAGGGACACAAGACCAAGUGGGAUGUCUCUUGUUGAGGCUGCUAAACGAGGCAUAAAGUCAAUUAUAGGAGUUUCUGUCACGGAUAUUGGAGUUGUGACAACCCCACAACUGCAUUGGAUGGUUCGUGUAAAAAAUAAGGGCUUAGAAGCAUCUGAGGAUAAAUACUUUGACCAGCUUUUAACUUCUUUUCAGUGCUUGCUAGAUUAUAUUCCGCAAGGAAAUAUUAGCAACAAGGUGAAUGACCAAUUGAUCGUGGAUGGGGCUGAUGGUGUUGGUGGACAAAAGCUUUUACAGUUGAAGUCAAAGCUGUGUAAUUUAACAAUUGAUGUUCGUAAUUUUGGUGAUGGUGUAUUAAAUGAAGUUGCAGGUGCUGAUUAUGUGCAGAAAGAAAAGGUUGUACCACGCGGUUUUGGUCCUGCUGAUGCUGGCAUGAGAUGUGCCAGUUUAGAUGGAGAUGCUGACCGGCUUGUAUACUUCUCUGUUUUACCAAAUAGUAACAAGAUUGACCUUGUUGAUGGGGACAAGAUACUGUCCUUGUUCGCUUUAUUUCUCAAGGACCAAUUAAGUGUUCUUAAUGGGCCUGAAGACCGAAAAAAUCAUAAUAAUUCUUACCAAGUCUCUCUUGCUGUAGUGCAGACAGCUUAUGCUAAUGGGGCCUCUACUGAUUACUUGAAACAGUUGGGCCUCGAGGUUGUGUUGACUCCAACAGGAGUCAAAUACCUUCACGAAAAAGCUGCCGAGUUUGAUAUCGGCAUAUAUUUUGAGGCAAAUGGGCAUGGGACUAUCUUGUUUUCAGAUAAUUUUCUGUCCUGGUUGGAGACUAGAAACAAUCAACUUUCAUUAUCAUCAAAAGGUUCGGAUCAACAACAGGCGGCUUCGAGGUUAUUGGCCGUGAGUAAAUUGAUUAAUCAGGCUGUUGGGGAUGCAUUAAGUGGGUUGCUAUUAGUGGAAGCUAUCUUGCAGCAUACAGGCUGGACUAUCCAUAAAUGGAAUGACCUCUAUCAAGAUUUACCGAGCAGGCAGCUUAAGGUGAAGGUUGUCGACAGGACAGCUGUCAUCACGGAAAAAGCAGAAACUGUAGUUGUGAGCCCAGUUGGUUUACAAGAAGCCAUUGAUGCUGAAAUAGCUAAAUACCCAAGAGGAAGGUGUUUUGUACGACCCUCGGGAACAGAGGAUGUGGUUAGAGUAUAUGCUGAAGCUUCUACCCAAGAAGCAGCAGAUAAUUUGGCUCAUUCUGUAGUAAGGUCUGUCAAUCAAUAUCUCGGUUCUCAGCAAUAGCUAAUGGCAUAUGUUGUCUUUAUGUAUUCUUCUGAUCUAUAUGUGUAAGCUUUUGCUUAUGGGGAGAUUGUGUAAUUGUAAUCUUUUUCGUGUCCAAAGUUAAUGCUUACUAAUUCAAAUCUCUAUAUUGUAAAGAGAACAAAGACUUGCAGAAUAUAAUUGUUGUUUUCCGGCUAUUAGUAUAACUGAUCAACAAUCAGAGAUAUCGUUGGAUUCCUUAUUAAGAGAGCUUUCUGUACAUAUAUAUUUCAUGAAAAUCCAAUGACUGGAUUGGAUCUCC